AUGGCGACGUCGUCCAACAACACCGUGUUCCACUACGGCCAUCGCGACCACACGCUCGAGGACCUGAAGCACGAGGAGGUGUACGACGACCACAGCAUCCCGCUGACCGAGCUGUGCGCCCGCCUCGAGACGGACCUGGACGUGGGCCUGGACGAGGGCGAGGCGCGCCGACGGCUGCAGGAGAACGGCCCCAACGCCCUGCCGCGCAUCCCGCCGAAGGCCUGGUGGCGCCUCCUGCUCAAGCACGUGUUCGGCGCCUUCUCGGUGCUGCUCUGGGUGGCCGCCGUGCUCUGCAUCGUGUGCUACCUGGUCGAGGAGCACAUGCAUCCGGACGGCCCCAAGGACAACCUGUUCCUCGGCGUCCUCAUCCUGAUCAUCAUCGCCAUCACCAGCGUGUUCGGCUACUUUCAGGCAAGUUCCGUCUAUGAACAAGAAGUUGUUCCGCUGAAUCGACGGUAG